CCAUGUGCACACCAGUCCCGGCGUGGUGCGUGCUGCUCCUGCGCCCAACGCCAAAACGGAUACGGCCGAGCCCACGGAAAAUGCUACUACACUAGUUGUAGAGUCCUCCGGUCACUUUGCACUUUGCAGUCGAUCUCAUCCUCCUCCAUUCCUCCUGCAGUCCUGCCUGCCAUCGUCACCCUGCAGGCUCUUUCUUGAUUCCAAGUUUUUCUCAGAUCAUGAAAUUCAGAAAACUAUGAAGCAGCUCGAUCUGGUCAAGUAGCUUUCAGGUCUGGGAAAAUCUUGGAUCUGGGGCCCAAAACCUGUUCUUAUGAACUCAGACUACACCACCACCAGCUGGCCGCCGCACCGCAAGAACCAAGCCUUGUCUCGGCCCAAGGCGAUGCCGUCCAAGUGGGACGACGCGCAGAAAUGGCUGGUGGGCAUGUCGAACGGCGGCGGCCGCGCGGACGGAGGAACCCACGGCGGCGGCGGCGCCAGGGUGAAGCCCAGGAACUCGAACGCCGACGAUCGGCGCCUCCUCGGCUCGUCCUCGCAGAACGGCCGUGUGUCCUGCAGCAGCGUGGACGGCGCCUUGGAGUACAACAGCAUGGUGGUGGCCGCGCCCGCGCCCUCGACGCCGCCGCGGCAGACCGGCGGCGAGGGCGACGACGACGACGUGGAGGAGACCAAGAAGAUCGACUGCAUGGUGCAGCAGCAGCAUGGGCAUGGGCAUGGGCAUGGCUCGCCGCACAAGGCGGUGGUGAUGAGGUCCGUGUGCCUGCGGGACAUGGGGACAGAGAUGACCCCCAUCGCCAGCAAGGAGCCGUCCAGGACGGCCACGCCGCUGCGUGCCUCCACGCCUGUUGCCCGGAGCCCAAUAUCAUCGAGGUCGUCCACCCCAGCGAGAAGACGCCAGGAAGGGCCCGUGGGCGUGACCACCGCCGCCAUUGUAGGGACGACGACCGAGCAGGUAGCGGCAGCAGGCGAGGUCGGCUGUGUCGGCGAGGAGCGCACCGUGGUUGGUCAUGGUCAUGCCCCCAGCGUGAACUCGCUGGAGUCCCGCGCGGCAGCCUGGGAUGAGGCUGAACGGGCCAAGUUCAUGGCGAGGUAUAAACGUGAAGAGGUAAAGAUACAGGCAUGGGAGAACCAUGAGAAGAGAAAAGCUGAGACGAAGAUGAAGAAAAUGCAGAUGAAGGCCGAUCAGAUGAAAUCACGGGCUCAAGAGAAGCUGUCCAGCCGGCUGGCGACGACGCAUCGGAUGGCCGAGGAGAAGCGGGCGAGCGCCGAGGCGAAGCUCAAUGAGCGUGCGGCGAGGACAUCGGAGAAGGCCAACUACAUCAGGAGGACAGGGCACCUGCCGUCGUCCUUCAAGAUCUCUUGCUUGUGCGGCUCAAGCUUUGAGUGAAGCCAGCAUCAGUUGUGACACUCCGCCUCUUGGUAGUAGCCUCGUCAUUUGUUCCUCUCACUGUUAAAGAACAUCGAGCUGACGGCCGGCCAUAGCCCAACGUCUAAUUCGAUCCAUUACCAUACAUAUUAAGGGGGAAAAAAGUCUCCGUUACCAUGGUUGUCCGCGCAAUUGUGCAACAGUGUUAAUUGACCUGAUCAGAAUUGUUGCUAGAAGCAUUCCAUUA